CUCCGCACCAUGGAAGGAAGAGGCUAACAGCCUCCUGGUAGACGGCAGAGAAACGCCUCCUCUGACUGCUCAGGGCUGAUCCCAAGGCCCAGGAAGAUGGAGCCGCGCUGGCUGGUGUGGGGAUUAUGGGCAUCCCUCGUGGUACCUGGCUACCUGACAGAGCUGUGUGAGAGCGACCCACCACACAUCAGCCGUGCCGCCUUUACAGCCCUCGCCUACAAGGAGGGCACCCUGUUAAACUGUGAAUGCAAAGAUGGCUUCCGGAGAAUAAAAUAUGGGUCGUCCUACGUGACCUGCACAGAAAACUCAUCUUGGGACAGCAAAUGCCAAUGUGAAAGGAUUUCCAAUCACGUCCCAAAAGAACAACUUACCCCACAACCUGAAGAGCAGAAAGAAAGAAAAACGACAGAAAUGCACGAUCAAACGCACCCCGAGGACCCAAUGAACCGCAAAGGUUUCUGCAGGGAGCCUCCCAGCUGGGAACAUGAAGGUCAAAAGAGAAUUUAUCAAUUCGUGGUAGGGCAGACAGUUCACUACCAGUGCAUCCAGGGAUACAAAGCCCUCCAGGGAAGUCAGGCCACGAGCACUUGCAAAAUGAUCUGUGGGAAGACACGGUGGAGCCAGCCUCGGCUCACGUGCGUGAAGGAAGGGGAGCAGCAUUGGUUCCCAGGUGAAGAAGCCCUGCAGGUGAGCUCCGCGGCUCCGCCGGACACGGGGACCUCCUGCCUCCCCGCCACCACGACAGAUUUCCCAUCACCUACAGAAGCAGCAACAACCCCGCAGCCGCUCCUGUUCACAAUGGAGUACCAGGUGGCAGUGGCUGGCUGUGUCUUCCUGCUGCUCAGUGUCCUCCUCCUCAGCGGGCUCACCUGGCGGCGGAGAUGGAAGAAGAGUAGAAGAGCUAUCUAGAAAACCAAGAGUGACACAAAGCCAAGGACAGCCGAGAGAACUCACGGAAUAUAAGCAAAAUUGAAGAGAUUAAACUCUCACCCAAUUGGUGUUUGAAGUAUAGAUAGAUAGACAGAUGAAGGCUAAAAUGGUAUGAAAUUCUUCCCAUGCCAUGUGUAAUACAAAGAAAACCAGCCUUCCAUUGACUUUAUCCUAACUUCCCAGUUUGAAAAUCCCAAGUCAAG